UGCGAAUCUAGUGACUCUAUUGCCUCUUCAAACCCAUCUCUCUCUAUAAAACGACAAAGCCACCUAACGCAUUCUCAGAUUUUUGGAGAGAGAGGACUCAACAGAACCCUGUAAUGGCGGCCAUUUCGAGCUGUGCUAGGGUUUUUUCAUCCUUCGAGUGUCGUUCAGAUCCCGACUUUACCGGCGUACCUCCGAGUCCAGGCGGUGGCAAAUUCUCCGCCAACGCCAACUCGGUGGUGCUGAGUCGCGGAUCGGUCGGAGGUCUCUCUUCUCUGAUCUUCAAAUUCCCACCGAACUUUGUGAGGCAGCUGAGCACAAAGGCUCGGAGGAAUUGCAGCAACAUUGGGGUCGCUCAGGUGGUGGCGGCUUCUUGGUCAAAUAACGAGGUGGUCAAUGGUUUGACCCCGGCGGCGGCUAAAGCCGUCGAUGCGGCCGCCGCGGUCUCCGUUGCGCAGGUUGAGAUUGCGACCGGCGAGGAGGAGGCUGUGGUGGUUGAAAAUGUUAAUGGUUGUAGUAAUGGUAGAAAUGUACAGUUUGAGGGUUUAGCUGAUAUGAAAUAUGCUUCGUUUUUGAGCUCUGAUGGGAGCGUCGCAAUUCAUGCCGGUGAAAGAUUGGGUCGUGGUAUUGAUACGGACGCAAUAACUACGCCCGUAGUUAAUACAUCUGCCUACUUCUUCAAAAAAACUGCUGACCUAAUUGAUUUCAAGGAGAAAAGGCGUGCAAGUUUUGAAUAUGGGCGAUAUGGAAAUUACACUACUGUUGUUGCAGAGGAGAAGAUAAGUGCUCUGGAGGGUGCUGAAUCAACCCUAUUAUUGGCUUCCGGAAUGUGUGCUAGCACAGUCAUGUUAUUAGCAUUGGUACCUGCUGGUGGGCAUAUUGUGACAACCACAGACUGCUAUAGGAAGACACGGAUAUUUAUUGAAACCAUUCUUCCAAAAAUGGGAAUCACGGCCACUGUUAUUGACCCUGCGGAUAUUGGAGCUCUUGAGUCUGCCCUGGAUAAGAACAAAGUGACUCUUUUUUUCACGGAGUCUCCAACAAACCCAUUCCUGAGGUGCGUUGACAUUGAGCUGGUUUCAAAGCUUUGCCAUGAGAAAGGAGCAUUAGUUUGCAUAGACGGGACAUUUGCAACACCUCUCAAUCAGAAGGCCCUAGCUCUUGGGGCUGAUUUUAUUCUGCACUCUGCAACAAAAUACAUUGGGGGCCACAAUGAUGUCAUUGCAGGUUGCAUUUCUGGUUCUGAGAAAUUGAUUUCACCAGUUCGUAACUUGCACCAUAUUCUGGGUGGUGUUCUCAACCCUAAUGCUGCAUAUCUGAUCAUCCGAGGCAUGAAGACACUGCAUCUUCGCAUACAGCAACAAAAUUCAACAGCAUUGAGGAUGGCCGAGAUUUUAGAGGCACAUCCUAAGGUGAGGCGGGUCUAUUAUCCAGGCUUGUCAAGUCAUCCAGAACAUCACAUCGCGAAGCGGCAAAUGACUGGUUUUGGCGGUGUGGUCAGUUUUGAGGUCGAUGGAGACUUGAUGACUACUGCAAAAUUUGUUGAUGCAUUGAAAAUCCCAUACAUUGCCCCGUCCUUUGGAGGUUGUGAAAGCAUUGUGGAUCAGCCCGCCAUAAUGUCUUACUGGGAUCUUUGCCAGUCAGAUAGGGUCAAGUAUGGGAUCAUGGACAACUUGGUUCGGUUCAGCUUUGGAGUUGAAGAUUUUGACGACUUAAAGGCUGAUAUUCUUCAGGCUCUGGACACCAUAUAAAGCGGCUCACCGGCAUCAUCGUUUUUCAUCAUUUCUAUUUCCUUUCACCUUUGUUUACAUUCUUUUUAUGCUCUUUCAAGUGUUGUUUUCAAAUGAAAUGCUCCUUUGCUGGAGUUUUAAGGAUAAUCAGCUGGUUGGUCCUAUUAAUAGUUGGCGACAAUGUCUUUCUUCUUCCGGUAUUAUGGUUUUCAGUUCUUCAGGAAAAUGAUGAUGAACCGUGAAUGACGAAAUAAAUUUUGUAUGCAGUCAUUGCUUUUUUUCUAAUCAAACUCUCGUUCGAUGCUGGCAGUCUAG